AUGGCACCUGAAGAUGUUGUCCAGGCUGAGCUGGAGCACCCCCAGGGCGGGGCGAAGCAGACCGCAAAGGAUCUCUUCUCGGGCGCUGUUGGCGGCAUCGUGCAAGUCCUAGUCGGCCAACCCUUUGACAUUGUCAAGGUCCGCCUCCAGACCACCACACAGUACUCAUCUGCCCUCAAUGCGGCCACAUCCAUCUACAAGACCGAGGGGCCUCUUGCCUUCUACAAGGGCACCCUCACACCUCUCGUCGGCAUCGGAGCCUGCGUGUCCGUGCAAUUUGGCGGCUUCCACCAGGCCCGUCGCUUCCUCGAGGGUCGCAACGCGAGCCACGGCAAGCCCAAGGACCUGAGCUACUCUCAGUACGCCCAGGCCGGCGCCUUUGCCGGUGUCGCCAACUCCGUGCUCUCAGGCCCCAUUGAGCACAUCCGCAUCAGACUCCAGAGCCAGCCCCACGGGGCGGGCAAGCUCUACAACGGGCCGCUGGACUGCGUCCGGAAACUCGGCGCGCACCGCGGCGUCCUGAACGGCGUGUACCGCGGCCAGGCCGUCACCAUGUGGCGCGAGGCUUUCGCCUACGGCGCCUGGUUCACCGCCUUUGAGUACAUGAUGAACACGGACGCGGCGCGCAACAAGAUGGACCGCAAGGAUGUUCCCGGGUGGAAGGUCGCUCUGUAUGGCGGUCUGGCCGGUGAGGUCCUCUGGCUCGCCAGCUACCCCUUUGACGUGGUCAAGAGCAAGAUGCAGACCGACGGCUUCGGCGACAAGCAAAAGUACCCCAGCAUGCGGGCCUGCUUCAGGGACACGUGGCGGGCCGAUGGCGCGAGGGGCUUCUGGAAGGGCAUUGCUCCCACUUUGUUGAGGGCCUUGCCUGUGAGCGCGGGUACCUUUGCGACAGUCGAGUUUGUGAUGAGGUUGCUCGACUAG